AAAGAUGUCAUGAUCGGUCACUCGGGACAUGGAUGUCAACAAGUGGUAUUCGACCCAAAGACGAAGGUUGUCAUCGCCUAUGUGACAAAUGGUCUAAAAGCGGGUGUAUACGAUCUCUGCCGCAACUACAUGAGACUGCAGAAUGCUGUAUACGAUGCUUUGGCCUUAAAUACAGCCUAA